GGCUGGCUGGCGGGGCCGGCGGCGGCUGGAGCCGGAGCGCGACGCCACGCGACCGCGGCUUCCAGAGCUCCGCCUGGCUGCCCCACCGCCGCGAGCCCUCCCGAAGCCUGGAGGAGUGAGGGCCGCCGGCGCGGUCUGUGGAGUCCUGAGACGAGGGACGCGAACGGCGCGGCGCCCGGAGCCUCCGCCGCUUCCUGCUGCGGGCGAGCGGCCUCCUCCGGCGCCUCCCUCCCUUCGCUGCGGCUCCUCAGGCUCCCGAGCCCGGGGGCGGCCUGUGGCGCGAGGCGCCGGCUCCGGACCGCGCUUCUUCGGACCUUAAGGGGAACAUGCAUUCGGCUUGGACAGUUUGAAAUUCUUAGUUUGGGGUCCCCGCUCGCUUGCUUUUUCCACCCCGCGGAUUUUUUUUUUUGAGGAUUCCCCCCCUCACCUUUUUUCAUUUUUCUCCCCUCGGGGCUCUUUUGUGACUCCCCCCCACCCCAACCCUCCGCCUUUAUGUUCGCCCAGCCCUCCACCCGCUUCUGAGUAGUGGGGGAGGGUUUCAGCCUCCACGUUCCCGCCCCACCGGGGCCCCGGCGAACAUGGGGGGCAAGCAGAGCACGGCGGCCCGCUCUCGGGGCCCCUUCCCGGGGGUCUCUACGGAUGACAGCGCCGUGCCGCCGCCGGGAGGGGCGCCCCACUUUGGGCACUACCGGACGGGCGGCGGGGCGAUGGGGCUGCGCAGCCGCUCGGUCAGCUCGGUGGCGGGCAUGGGCAUGGACCCCAGCACGGCCGGAGGGGUGCCCUUUAGUCUCUACACCCCCGCCUCCCGCGGGACCGGCGACUCCGAGAGGGCGCCGGGCGGCGGAGGGUCCACGUCGGACUCCACCUAUGCCCACGGCAAUGGUUACCAAGAGACCGGCGGCGGUCACCAUAGAGACGGGAUGCUGUACCUGGGCUCCCGAGCCUCGCUGGCGGAUGCUCUACCUCUGCACAUCGCACCCAGGUGGUUCAGCUCGCACAGUGGUUUCAAGUGCCCCAUUUGUUCCAAGUCUGUGGCUUCCGAUGAGAUGGAAAUGCACUUUAUAAUGUGUCUGAGCAAACCUCGCCUGUCCUACAAUGAUGAUGUGCUGACUAAAGAUGCGGGUGAGUGUGUGAUCUGCCUGGAGGAGCUGCUUCAGGGGGACACGAUAGCCAGGCUGCCUUGCCUGUGCAUCUAUCACAAAAGCUGCAUAGACUCAUGGUUUGAAGUGAACAGAUCUUGUCCAGAACACCCUGCUGAUUGACCCUGCUGGGCCUGCUUACGGACUCCUCUCAAAGGUGAGCCCAUACUUGGCGGGAGACUCUGGGCUAAGAGUCAAGUUUCUGGGAGCUGGGGGAGAGGAGCUGGCCUGCCUGAUACAUACCCCACCAAGGAGAAAGCAGAAGUAGAAAGACAGAAGCCAUCUCCUCAGGGAGCAGUCCCCAGGAAGUAGAGGGAUGUUCCUGGGAGUUGGGGGAGCAUGAAAGAGCGAUAGUAAACCUAGUCACGAGAACUCCAUGCAAAGGUAGCAUCCGGUUCCUCCCCUCAGGAGAGGCAGAAGGUCCCCUGCAGGGUGCAUGCGCUGGAGCAGAGGCGCCCCCAGCCAGGCUCUACUGCAGCCUCACCCUCCCUCACCUCUCAGAGACUCCCUUCUGAAAGGGACGAAUCACUAAGUAGGUGGCCUGUGGAACAGACACUGUCCACUGCAAAGACAUGGCCUGAGGUCUUUCCACUCCUGGUUCUUCCACCGGCUGCCUGCCUCACCCCACUUCAGGGGAAUCUGAAACCUGAGGGGUCCAGGCCACACUCAAUCCAUGUGUCAGGCACAGUGUCACAGCAGCAGGCUACUCCCUCCUACACAUGCAUUUAUGUUGCUGUGUAACCAUUGGAUCUCACCUUCAUUUCUUCCCCAGGGUACCUUGUUUAACUGCCCCCAUCCUGUCCCCCACCCUGCCUGUGCCUUUGAGGACUGUGGUGGGCGUUCUCUCUCUUUUGUUUUGUUUCAUUUGUUUUUGUCCCAGCAAACAGAAAACCAACAGCCCCUUCCCACUUGAUCCCCCACCCAAAGGCUUGGGGAUCCCUUUUCUUCUCUCUCUUCUUUGUUGUUUUUUCUUUUGUUAGGUUUAUUUUAUUUAUUCCAAGUAAAUGCCCAGAACAGCUGCCGGUGUCAGGCAAAUCAGGGACAUUGGCUCUUUCUACCCUCACCUCAAAACCUGAUGCCAAGCGAGGGAGAGUGAGGCAGAGGGACUGGAUCCCAGCUCCAGAGUGCAGGUCCAGAAUGCCGCCGGCAUGAUGUUUGGCUUCCAAUGGGCCUGCCUGGACUGAACCAGAUGCCCCAGCCAACCAGCCUGGUCUCAGGGGGACACAAGCUGCUGCCACCGUGCGAUGGAGCGGCAACUCUCAGCAAGAUGAAGCGGGACUGACUUCUUCCGACCCACACAGGGACAGCCAGCCCCUGUUCCUGGGAGGAGGCUCCUCGGACACUGGACAGAGCUGAGCUUGGGACACCAGAGAGAACAGGGCACCCUUCUGCACUGACUUCCAGAAAAUGGUCCUCCCUGAGGACACCCAGUGGAUGAGAGCGAGUCUGAGAGAAGAAUGAAUUGACCUCUAUCCUUCCCCUCACCCUCGACCCAGGAGGGAAAGGGCAUUUUCUUUUUCACCUUUGAAAGGCGUUGUGGGUCUGUCUUUAAAAAGUGUUUACAAACAACAAAAAAUUCUAUAAAAAAAAAGUCUUGUGUCGACUGGUGUUUUCCCUUGUGAUGUUUACAGACUGCUGUUUGCUGCCCAGCUAAAACCCACUCAGUGACAGAAGCAAGCAUAGCCAUGUCCUGACCCUAGCGCUCUGGUGGCAAGCGGGCAGGCGGGCACACGUCAGUCCCUCUGCCCAGCGCCCCAGUUGGCUCUCUGCAUCACUAACCUUUCUACCUUGGGGGAUUCGUUUUUUUGUUUUCUUGUUCUUCUGUCCCAUUUUUCUGGCUUGGUUUUGCACUUUUCUCCCCUUAAAUUUCCUUGAUUUCCCCUUGAUUUCCUUGCCAAAAAAGAGGAAGAUGAAGAGCCCAUCGAGGACACUUCCCCUCCCCCAACCCCCUCGUCUCCUCUGCCUUUCCUCCUGGAUCUGAUCCCAUUAGAGGACUUAAUAAUCACAAAUACACUGAAAAAAAUGCCUGGACAUUUUUCCAAGGCCCCUGUGAAUUUUUUUUUUUCCUGAGGAAAUUUAGACUUACUAAAGGACUGUGUACUGCAACCCCCGUUUUCAGGCACACAGAAAUAUUUUAGCCAUUCACACAUGACAUCAGCCCAUGCAGGAUAGGUUUCUGUAUUUAUAUAUUAAAAUCCAAAAAAAAAAAAAUUUACGAAAAUGUUUUAAAACUGUUCAAAGCUUAGGAGAAAAGCUUAUCAGUCGAGGUGUUUUGAUAUGGUAUUAAAAUAGUGUGUAACAAAA